AUGUCCUUAAGAAGUACCAGGCAGCCCAAGUCGCCAACAGGACACAGGGGUUUCUGCCAUAUCCCAUCCAACCCUGACUCAGACGUUGAAGAAAUGGAACCUAAUGACAUCCCACUACGGCCCAUUCGCACCAACGCGUCCACUGCCUCGAGGUCCUCGACCGGUGCUCGAAAGGCCGACCAGACCCUCUCCAACACUCUAGGCACCGUCGACUCCUCCCCCACCGAGAAGCAUGGCCUCUUUCACAAAUCCAGCAAGUCCAGCCGCCGCCAGGCUGGGCCUUCUGGACGGCGCCGUGUCCGAGAUCUGAGCCGGCCUGGCACCAAUAUGAGUGAGGAUCAAAAGCUCAACGCGUUGGGUCGCUUCUAUCGCAAGGUCGUCAGCUUCCCCUUCGUCACCCGCUAUCUCAUUUACAUCAUCCCCAUCGCCUUCCUACUCGCCAUCCCGCUCUUCGUUCUGCCAUUCACUGGCAACGUCGAUAAUAUCCAACUUGGCACCAGCGACAGCGACAAGGAAAACUACACCCUCUUCUGGCUCUUCCUCUGGAUCGAAAUCUCGUGGCUGUCGCUAUGGACCGCCAAGCUAGUCGCCCACGUCCUUCCCUCCGUCUUCAUGUUCCUUUGCGGUGUCGUCAGCGCUGGAACUCGCAAGUACGCCAACGUGCUGGCCGCUUUGGAGAUCAAUUUAUCCUUGUUUCUCUGGUUACUGGCUUCCUGGCUCGUGUUCAAGUUCCGCUUCACAGACGACAGCAUCGAAUGGGUCCACACCAUCAAGCGCAUCCUUUUGUCGCUCUUCAUCUCGUUUGGCGUUUUGCUAGGAGAAAAGGCCAUUGUCCAGGUCAUCAGUAUCUCGUACCACCAACGCUCCUUUGCCAACCGAAUCCAAGACUCCAAGCGCGACAUCUACCUCCUGGGUCUCCUUUACGAAGCUUCGAGGACCCUGUUCCCCAUGUACUGCCCCGAGUUUGCCGACGAGGACUACGUCAUCAACGAUAGCAUCAACGCCCUCCUCAUGCACAACAGGACCGAGAAGAUGCACCCCGGAGGCACCAGCACCCCCAUGCGCAUCGUCGGCGACGUCCACCGCAUCGGCGACAAGAUCACCUCUGUGUUCGGCAACAUUGCCUCCGAAAUCACCGGCAAGAACGUCUUCAACCCCACUUCGGCGCACUCCAUCGUCAUCGAAGCGCUCGAAAAAGUCCGCAGCUCCGAGGCCAUGGCCCGUCGUAUCUGGAUGUCUUUCGCGGCCGAAGGCGAGGAGUCCCUGUUGCUGGACGAUAUCAUCGAAGUGCUGGGCCCCCACCACCGCGAAGAGGCCGAGGAGUGCUUCAACGCCAUCGACGCCGACCAGAACGGCGACAUCAGUCUCGACGAGAUGAUCCGCAAGGUUGUCGAUAUCGGCAAGGAGAGAAAGGCAAUCGCGCACAGCAUGAAGGACAUCAGUCAGGCUUUGACCGUGUUUGAUAAGGUCCUGCUGUUUGUGGUGCUGAUCAUUGUGAUCAUUAUCUUCUUGGUGGUGUUUCAGAGCAGCUUUGUGACGACUCUGGCGACGGCUGGUACCACGCUUUUGUCGCUGUCCUUCGUUUUUGCGGUUACCACACAGGAAUUCCUGGGUUCUUGCAUUUUCCUGUUCGUCAAGCAUCCGUAUGAUGUCGGCGAUCGUGUCGAUAUUAUGGGUCCCGCUGCCGAGCAGCUCAUUGUUGAGAAGAUUUCUCUGCUCUACACGGUGUUUACCCGCAUUGACAAGAUGCAGGUUGUUCAGGUCCCCAACAUUCAACUCAACAACCUCUGGAUCGAAAACGUCACGCGAUCCAAGGCCAUGAAAGAAACCGUCGACGUUGCCGUCUCCUACGAUACCUCGUUCGAAGAUAUCGAGCUUCUCCGCCUCGAGCUCGAAAAGUUUGUCCGCUCCUCCGAGAACUCGCGCGACUUCCAGCCCGAUAUCACCAUCAUGAUCAACGACGUCGGCAACUUGGACAAGAUGACGCUUAAGAUCCAGAUCAAGCACAAGUCCAACUGGCAUAACGAGGCCGUUCGCUGCACCCGUCGCUCCAAGUUCAUGUGCGCUUUGGCUUUGGCCCUCAAGGCGGUCCCCAUCAACGGCCCCGGCGGUGGUGGUGAGCCGUUGGGCGGUCCUACCAACCCGGCGUACUCCGUUACUGUAACGGAUGAUUUCGCUGCUAUGGCCAGAGGAAAGGCGGACAAGGAUAAGGAGGCGGCCAAGAUGGUUACCAAACUGCGCCAACAGGACAGUGUCCACACUCCGGGCAGCGGCAGCGGCAAAACAGGAACCAGCAAGAUGGAAGCCGAGCAACAAGCAGUCGCCAACAUCAACGCCUCCGAUCCCGUCGCCGAGGCGCUAGACGAUUGGGGCUACGACAGGGCCACCCUGCGCUCGCGUGACGCUUCUCCCGUCGGCCGCGCGGGUGACGAUGCCUCCUCCUCCAUCGCCCGCAGGGAUUACUUGUACCCCCGUGAGUCCCAGCGCGGACGCAGAAAGCCAGGCGACGGACUGCCGCCAGGGAAUAGGUCUCUAAGCGUGCACGUCACUCGCCCCUCGGUCGGCGGUGGCCUCGGCAGCAUUCGCAGCCCAAACACUGGCCGCCGUUCCAACCUUUCCUUUGACGUAGAGCGAGGCGAAGCGGGUUUCAGCCCCGAUACCUACAACUACGGCCAGGGAUACGCUGGGCAAGGACAGCCAGGGCCGAGUAUGUCGCAAUACGCCGGGGCAGCUUAUGCCGCGCAACAGAAUCAACAACCGAUGAGCCCUAGCUCGCCCAUCGCCAGUGGAGGAUUGUACGCGGGACAGUCGGCUUUGUCUCCUCAUUCACAGCAGCCACAGGCUCCUCAGCCGGUCUACACCACCCCUGGAGCAACUGCUACGACGAUCCCACCACCGCAGACCUUGCCUGCUCCGUCGCCUAUGACGCUCAGUCCAACCCCCGCAGCCGGUCCAAGCGGUCCAAACGGGACAGGAGGGCCGGUGGGAGCAAGGCCGAGGGGAGCGAGCAUGUCUAACCCCACAGCGGGAGUGAGCAGGCCCACGACAACUACUGCGCCUCCUCAAGGACAGACACAACAGGCUCAGCAAGGGCAGCCACAGGCACAAGCCCAGCAACAAGCCCAACAGCAAGGACAACCACCACAACCCCAACUCCCAGGGAACUUAGCCCAGCAAGCCGCGGCCGCAGCGACGGGCUCCGACUUGACUCAGACCCAAACCUCUCAGAACCAGGGACAGAACCAGGGACAGAGAUAG